AUGGCGCAACCGGGCGGCCCAGGCGGGGAGGAGGAGAUGGAAGGCGGGGGCCGGCAUCGGCAGCAGCAGCAGCGGAGGAACGACGACGAGGCGUGGCGGAGGUGGGCGGUGCUGGUGGCGACGGUGUGGAUCCAGGCGCUGACGGGGACCAACUUCGACUUCUCGGCCUACUCGUCGGCGCUGAAAUCCUCGCUGGGUGUCUCCCAGGAGGCGCUCAACUACUUAGCCACGGCGUCGGACCUGGGCAAGGCGCUGGGGUGGUCGUCGGGCCUGGCGCUGCUCCACAUGCCGCUCCACGCCGUGCUCAUGGUCUCCGCCGCCAUGGGGCUCGCCGCCUACGCCGUCCAGUACUACUGCCUGGUCGCGUCCGUCGCCGUCCCCUACCCUCUGGUGUUCUUGGUCUGCUUGAUAGCAGGGUGCAGCAUCUGCUGGUUCAACACAGUAUGCUUUGUUCUCUGCAUACGCAGCUUCUCUGCAAACAACCGCUCCCUGGCCCUCUCCCUCUCAAUAAGCUUCAACGGGCUCAGCGCUGCCUUCUACACUCUCUUUGCGAAUGCCCUCUCCCCUUCCUCCCCAGCUGUAUACCUCCUCCUCAAUGCAAUCCUCCCUUUUGGUGUCUCUAUUCUUGCACUCCCAGCAAUCCUCCUCUGCCACACAAAUGACCAACCACCUCCAAAGUGCGCCCAGGCAUGA